AUGGCUUCUAUAAGGACUGUACAAGCUCUGGUGCUACACGGUAAGAACGACCUGAGACUGGAGCCGAGACAACCACCUGUUCUGCAACCUGGCGAAGUCCAAAUAGCAAUCAAGGCAACAGGUAUUUGCGGCUCGGACUUACACUAUUAUAAGCUCGGACAGAAUGGAAACUUUGUGGUUCGGGCGCCACUUGUCCUCGGUCAUGAAGCAUCGGGUGUUGUCACUGCUGUCGCUGAAGUCUCAAACGGCGUCACGAAUGGCGAUGUGACUUCUUCGAGUCUCAAAGUCGGCGACAGAGUAGCCCUGGAAGUUGGUUUCCCCUGCCGCUCGUGCGUCCUGUGUACCACAGGUCGGUACAAUCUCUGUUCCAAGCUAUCUUUCAGAUCUUCUGCAAAGACGUUCCCACACAUCGACGGGACGCUGCAAACCUUGGUCUCACAGCCAGCUGCCAUGUGCCACAAACUCCCAGAGAACGUCACCUUCGAACAAGGGGCACUGGUCGAGCCAUUGGCUGUCUCGCUACACGCCUUGAACCGCAGUCAGUCUGCAGGAUCGGGAGUGGGAGUGCCACUGGUUGGGUCAAGCGCCUUGGUUCUGGGAGCGGGCGCUGUGGGAAUGUUGACCGCUGCUUCUUUGUCUGUUGCUGGAGUAUCAAAGAUUGUCAUCGCAGAUAUCGACGGUCCCAGACUGAAGAUCGCCGCAACGCUAGGCGGUGGCAGGUUUAAGCUGAAGACAUUCCUCAUUCCUCGAAAAUCUCCUGCCCAAACAAUCGAAGAGAAAUUAUCCGAAGCACAGGAACAAGCGGCGGAGAUCUGCAAGUCAGAGGGACUAGAAGCCGGAUUCGAUCGAGUUUUUGAGUGCUCGGGUGCUCCACCAUGCGUCCAGAUGGGCGUGUAUGCAACCGCAGCAGGCGGGAAGCUGGUCCUGGUUGGAAUGGGCGCACCAGUUCAAACCUUGCCGUUGGGGGCGGCUGCUCUCAGGGAGGUGGACAUCAUCGGCGUAUUCAGAUAUGCGAACUGCUAUCCUGCGGCCAUUGCACUCUUUGCCAGCGGUCAGUUGGAUGGCGUCACGGAGGAUCUGGUCACGCAUCGAGUGGCACUUGCAGAUGGAGAGAAGGCCUUCAGAGUGGCUUCUAAUACCGGGCGGGAGGGAGAGGACGAGGGGAGGGUACCGGUCAAGGUGGUGAUCACUUCGUAA